AUGAAGCAGUUGCAAAGCAAAUCAUGCCCGAUCUUUGCCAUAAAAUUAAAGAUUUCCAAUAUCAUACAUGGCAUGUUACUGAUUGGAAAAAUUUAGAAAAAAGAUUAACAGGCCCUGAAUUUACUGCUGGUGGUCAGAAUUGGCGUCUUUUGCUUUUUCCUUUUGGAAAUUAUAAUUAUAAUAAUAAGGACCACGUUGGUAUUUAUUUGGACUUCGUUGAUCCAUAUGAUGAUUUGCAUAUCACUGCACAGUUCGCUUUACUUUUGUGGAAUCCAAAAGAGCCAACAAAAUUUGUUAGUCAUGAAACGUAUCAUCUUUUCAGCGUUGGGGAAAGUGAUUGGGGUUUUACAGGGUUUUAUGAUCUAAAUAAGUUAUUCACUCCAACUGAUGGACGAACUUAUCCGCUAAUUGAAAAUGAUGCUUGUAAUAUUACUGUUCUCGUUCGUAUUCUCGAAGUUCCAACUCAAUAUAUUGGUUUAAAAGGUCGAGGGUCUUGCUUAAAUUCAGUGGUACAAUUACUUUAUAACAUAAAAUAUUUUCAAAAGGCUUUAUAUCAAAUCCCUAUGGAAAGUGAUAAAUCACCAAAAACUAUUGCUUCGGCUUUACAGCGGAUUUUUUAUCAAUUAAAUGUUUCAGACACUGAGGUUGAAACAAUGGAAUUAAGAAAAUUUUUUGGAUGGAAUGCAUUUAAUAUGGGUGGUAUUCGAAGUUUCAUUAAA